CCGGUUGGGACGGGCGGGGGCUACCGCCGCGCACCCCAGCCAGUGGCGAGGAUUUCUAGUUCGAUGAGGGAGGGCCCCGCGGCCCUGGGCUGCGUCAGCACCAGGGACGGAGACCAGUCCUCGGGGCGGGGCUAUGGGCGGUGCCAGGCAGACGGGCCGAGAUCAGGGCAAAAGGAAAAGAAGUACGAUGGUCAAACCUUCCCAGAGGAAACAACAUGAUGGUGGAAGCCAGUCCAAACGGAAGUCUCACUUAAGUGUCUCAAUCCCUUUGAGGAUGUCCAGUUACAUAUUCAAGAUGCCAGUUACCAGAAUCACAGCCCAUCCUGGCAACGAGGUCAGAUGCCAUCACUGGGAGGAAACCCUGGACAAGCCCCAACAGCUGUGCUGGCAAAAGAGACUGCAAGGUCUCCAGGCCUGCAGCAGUGCGGGGGAACCGUUAAGCACGCUCGACCUUGCCGAAGCCUUGCAAAAACUCGCACCCAGCUGCACAGGGAGAUGCCUUUCGGGUGUUCCUGCAGACGGUCUGAACCCCAGCCCCAUGCCCACCCCUGCUGGGUCUUCAGAUUUGGCAAAGAUGACUCCAGAAGCUGGUCUGGGUAUCCCGCAGCUCCUGUGUCAACGAUUUCUGGUGAGCGAGGAAGAUAUCGGGAAACAGGAAAAGAAAGUGAAGGCAGCAAGGGAAAGGCUGGCUAAGGCGCUGGCUGUGGACAGACUCGCUAGCGAGGCAGAAAAACUGAGGGGCCAAGAAGGACAUCUCGAAAACCACCACGGAAAAAAAGAGAGCCUGGUGCAGAUGAAGUGGAGCACAGCACCUAGUUAGUGUCUCUUUGCAAUGUCCACGGUGUAUUUGUGCUCUGAGCCCUUGAAACUUUAGUUUGUUCCACUACUUUGCUUGUAUUAAAUUGUACUGUGUGACAUAGACAAAGGAGACAGUGAUCUUUUUAAGCUGCGAGGUUGGGGUUCAGGGGAGAAGAGAAAGGAGAUCUUUCCUUUCCAUGUGGUCCUCUCACCUUCCUUGACUUUGUAUGUCAUUUAUUUUUAUUUUAAAGUCAACAGAGAGUUAUCAAAGUCAUGGGAUUAUUUAGUCUUCUGGCCUCACAGUCAGAGUAAAACCUGCCUAGUCAAUUUUGUAUAAUAUUCCAACAUAAUAUUUCAUUAAAGCUGUCUAUGUCCUCAAAGGA